AUGCGCAAGGGAUUGACGAAAGAAGAGCGGAGACACGGAACGAUUUUCACACCUUUCUCUGAUGAAGAGCUGAGGGCGUUGCGGUCUCGAAAGCGGGAUGCACGGAACGCGAAGGCGUCAAAACCAUCGAGCAAACCCACGCCACCCACAACCCGCUGUCCCCUCUGCCACUUCGACAGCCCAUCAACAUCCCCAUUCUGCACCACAUGUCUAACCCCCUACCCACCAGAUCCGGCACCCAAAUCACACGCUCGAGGCAUAGUAUCGUAUGACAAGUUUCCCGACAUCUACACCUCGCCGGUCGACGGACAGCAAGCUACACUCCUUACCUACACAUCAAACGAAGACCCCGAUGAAAGCUAUCUAUGUACAGGUGGCGCCGGGCCACCCGGUACCAUAACUCCCUCUGGUGCCCACGUGGCAAUAACGUCGGACGAACGGCGUCGACUGCUGCGAGCGAGGGAGCAGGCGUGGAAGAAUGAUAGUUUGAGGGAGGUGAGGGAGCAGGAACGGCGGGAGAUGGCUAGGCAGAAUGGGGUGCAGAUACCGGAACAUAACGCGCCGUACUUCUCGGACGUGCAAGACGAGAAUGCGACGAGGGAGGCGUUGAGUCUGGAUAGAAAUGUCGAAGUGAAGAGGGCGUGGAUGUUGGAACUCGCGGGGUACAGAAAAGAUGCUGAGGAGAGGGAGGUACCCUUCCCAUUAAACGUCCCUGGCUACGAACUACUUGAGGAUGCGGAGGUGACGCGGUUAGAAAGAGACAUCGAGCUGUUGGAUGGCUGGUUGGCUAGUAUGGGUUACACUGACAUUCCUCCUUCUCCUAACAGUGGCGCGGGCGGUGACAAGAAGACGCCGCUGGCCUCGAAGCGACUAGCCGCCAGAACAAAACGACUCAAAGCGAUCCAGCAACGAGAAGCAGACCGGCAGUACCUCGAACAUAUCGCGGACCUACAGCGCCAAGCACUUUCCAUGGGAUACGAGUUCCCUGAAGGCGUCCCAGGUUGGGAAGAGGUUCAUCCUUCGGAGCAACGUCGUAUAUUAUGGGCGGCGUAUACAAAUCAAGUCAACGCCACGUCGAAGAAGAAGAGGAAAAAGGCGCGACGAGGAUCACGGAAUUCGAACACCAUCGCCACUCCCGAGAAGCAGGCCCGAAAAGAACGUUACGCGUUUUUGAAAGAGAAACUUGAGCAACCAUACUGGGACGAGCGAGUACGUGAGACCGGAGAGUCGAGAAGCGCCAUCUUGCGAGCCGGAGGGAGGUGGCCGGAAGACGCGACAUACGAGGACGAUAAUGAUGAGGAGUUGAAGGAGCUGGUGGGUUAUAUAACAGAAUUUUUGGAGCUGAAGGAAGAGUUUGGAGAUCAAUAG